AAUCAACCGCGAAAAGCUCCGACUUUGGAGAUCGCUCGAAGGCCAAAAGAGCCAUCGACCACAGGUGAAAUUAUUGAGAUAGAAACAAAUUUUCGACGAGUUAAAUUCAAUUAUCCUAAAAUUUGCAGCUACACUUUCGAAGUUUUGACUCAAGGAAGAAAGGCGAAAAAAGAUGAAAUAUAUAAAGUUUUUCGUAAUUUAUAUGAGAACAAACAAUUUGGUCCAAACGCUUUCCCUGUGUAUGAUGAAACUAUGAUUUACUCCUCCGUCGAAUUCGGUAAUCAAAAACGUUUAAACACCAGUGUAGAUGGAAAACAAUACAUUGCUACUCUUAAAUAUAGUACCGAGAUAGAUUUUAAUUUAUUGAAAAAUUAUAUUGAACAAGAAAAAUGUGAAAUUCUUAAUAGUAGACUUCUAAAUCUCUUGCGAGUGCUUAAUAUAUAUCUUAAUUCUGAUGUUCGUUCAAGAAACUUAACUCUCGGCAGGAGAACCUUUCCAAUCCCCGAUAAACCACAAUAUUUAUAUGGUGGGCCUGAACUUAUGCUUGGUUUCUAUCAAAGCAUUC